UGCAACUUUGUAUGAACUUCCAAGUUACAAUUAUUGCAAAAGAGAAACGGAGAGGGACGAGCUGCCGUCGGAGUGCAGGGGCAAUUUGAGAGUGCGUGGAGAAAAGCCUGAAUGCUUGAAAUCUUCGCCUGUGUUUUCACGCUGCUGGAAAUUUGUGAUUGAAGGAGGGGGCGAUUGGAAUUCCGUAGCCGUCCAGCUAUUACAUCCAAAACCCCCGAGGGAGCCAAAGGCCUGCACAGAGGAUGAAGCUGUCAGAAGUGUUGCUGUGCAACCAGGUGACAGGUGGAUGAUCCUGCUCUCUGGUGGCCAAACAGCAGUCUGUAAACCUCCUGCAACUUGGAUUCACCUUCGUGCCAAAGAUCAAACAGAGAGAAGGUGACGAGAGGGUACACCCAGUAAAUCUCAACGCUUCUUUGCAUGGUAUGGAGGACUGACCUCAGGUUCCUGUGCUGUGAGAGGUGAGCCCAUCUGCCUUGAGGCCCUCAGGAGGACAGCAGCCAGCACCUUCCUGACCCCUUGUCCCCCUUGCUGUUGCCGUGGAGGCUGAGGGGCAGCCCAUGUCCCCUGGGCGCAGCGCUGAGCCCGAGCGGCAGCAGGCACGGUCUCCCACUGAGCGCUGCGGCAACCCAGGGCCAUGACCAGCCUGAAGCGCUCGCAGACCGAGCGGUCCGUCGGCGGCUCAGUGCCUGCCACCGACGAAUUCUACACACGCCGCCUGCGCCUGCCCAAUGGUGGUGCACCGCCUCCCCGCAGUGAGAGCGCCCACCUGUCCGGUGGCACGCCCGGCGUGCCCAAAAUGGGCGUACGUGCCCGUGUAGCUGACUGGCCCCCACGCAAGGACGGUGGUGGGGGUGGUGUCUGGCACAUCACUGUGGAGACAGACUCGCCCAGCACAGUGGGUGGUGCACAAAGUAACCUGUCGUCCAAGCUGGGCCACCUGAUCAGUCCGCAAGACUCGUCCAUGCUGCGCAACAUCCAGAACACGCUCAAGAGCAAGAUGCAGGCCGCCAGCCGUGGCAAGGACAACCGCUUCCUGUCACCUGAUGGCUACCUGGGCUCACCGCGCAAGGGCAUGCGGCGCAUUAGGCAGCGCAGCAACAGCGACAUCACCAUCAGUGAGCUGGACAGCGAUGGUGGGGAGCACUGGUCCUUCUCAGGCUGGUCACCCGUGCACCGUGAGUACGGCAGCACCUCAUCCAUCGACAAGCACGGUGCAUCGGGCGAGAGCUUCUUUGACAUGCUGAAGGGCUACCGCGGUGGCUCGCCUGACCAGCGCAGCCCUGCACCAGACAGGCUAGGUGAGAUGCUGAGCGUCGCACACAAGCAGACGGCACUGGACCUGCCAGACGGGGCAGCAGGGGCGCCACGGGGGAGCCCCUCGGCCCGCUUGAAAGAGCGCGAGAAGCCCCCCAAGCGGCGCUCCAAGUCAGAGACGGGGGGCGAGUUCAUCUUUCGGAAAUUGCGCAGCGUGCAGCGGGCAGAGGGAGGAGAUUCACGGGCAGGGUCAGAUGCUGAGGAUGGCCGCUCCGAGGAUGGAGGGCCACCCCCAAAGCCCUGGGCCUGCCAGAAGGGCUUCGCCCACUUUGAUGUGCAAAGCAUCCUGUUCGACCUGAAUGCAGUGGUGCACAGCCGGCAGGCGGCUGGCAAGCGCAAGAACACCACCACAGGCGCCUCAGCUGCCUCUGCUGCUUCCUCCGCCUCGCCCUCGCUUUCCUCACAGGGCGGUGCAUGUAGCUCUCCCUGCGGCAGCCAGGAAGAGCUGAGUGCCAAGGACAGCCCCACCCUUGACCCCGGCGAUGACAAGAGCAACGAGCUGGUGCUGAGCUGCCCCUGCUUCCGCAAUGAGAUCGGCGGCGAGGGCGAGCGCAAUAUCAGCCCCACCAAGCUGGGCAGCAUCGGCAGCGGGGCAGCUGGUGAGGGCGAGGACAGUGCGGCUGAUGUCCCCAACGCCCCUGGCGCUGCUGUGCACUGCACCAACGCCGGCGUGGCCCUGCUGGAGGCAUCCAAGGACAGCCAGGGCCUACACAGCGAGCGCGGGAAGCACUACAUCCUGGAGCAUGUGGACCUGGGCUCCUGCUACUACAGGAAGUAUUUCUACCUGAGAGAGCACUGGAACUACCUUGGGGUGGAUGAGACUCUGGGCCCAGUGGCAGUUAGCUUGCGGCGGGAAAAGCUGGAGGACCACAAAGAGCACGGUCCCCAGUACAACUACCGAGUCAUCUUCCGCACCAGCGAGCUGACCACUCUACGGGGGUCCAUCCUGGAGGACGUGGUCCCUUCCACCUCCAAACAUGGGACGCCACGCGGGCUGCCCCUCAAGGAGGUUUUGGAGUACCUGGUGCCCGAGCUCAAUGCCCACUGCCUGCGGCUCGCCCUCAACACACCCAAGGUUACCGAGCAGCUGAUGAAGCUGGAUGAGCAAGGGCUUAGCUUCCAGCUGAAGGUGGGCGUGAUGUACUGCCAGACAGGCCAGAGCAGUGAGGAGGAGAUGUACAACAACGAGGCAGCCGGCCCCGCCCUGGAGGAGUUCCUGCAACUGCUAGGGGAGCGUGUUCGCCUCAAGGGCUUCACCAAGUACCGCGCCCAGCUGGAUACUAAGACGGAUUCUACGGGCACUCACUCUCUGUACACCACAUAUAAGGACUACGAGAUCAUGUUCCAUGUGUCCACGAUGCUCCCCUACACUCCCAACAACAAGCAGCAGCUGCUGCGGAAGCGACACAUUGGGAACGACAUCGUCACCAUUGUGUUCCAGGAGCCCGGCGCCCAGCCCUUCACCCCCAAGAACAUUCGCUCCCACUUCCAGCAUGUCUUCGUUGUGGUGCGCGUGAACAACCCCUGCUCUGACAACACCUGCUACAGCGUGGCAGUGGCACGCUCCCGGGAUGUUCCCUCCUUCGGCCCGCCCAUCCCCAAGGAUGUGACCUUCCCCAAGUCCAGCGUGUUCCGGGACUUCCUGUUGGCCAAGGUGAUCAAUGCGGAGAACGCCGCCCACAAGUCAGAGAAGUUCCGCGCUAUGGCUAUGCGCACACGGCAGGAGUACCUGCGUGAUCUGGCUGAGCACCAUGUCACCAACACGCCAAUUGACCCAUCAGGCAAGUUCCCCUUCAUCUCUCUGGCGCACAAACGCAAGGAGAAGAGCCGGCCCUACGCAGGGGCAGAGCUUCGCAGCCUGGGUGCCAUCACCUGGCCCGUGCACGCUGAGGACCACAGCGCUGGUGGUGAGCUGGAGGCCCUCCUGGCCAUCUCCAGUGAGCUGCUCAUCCUGGUGGACCAGGAGGCCAAGGCAGUGGUCUUCAACUGCGCCGUGCGCGAUGUGAUUGGCUGGACGAUGGGCAGCCCUGCCUCCAUGAAGAUCUACUACGAGCAUGGGGAGAACAUAUCCCUGCGUUCCAUCAACAACAACACAGAGGACUUCCGCGAGGUGGUCAAGCGUCUGGAGCUCCUGACAAAAGGUUGCGAGACGUCAGAGAUGACACUGCGGCGGAACGGCCUGGGCCAGCUAGGUUUCCAUGUGAACUACGAGGGCAUUGUGGCGGAGGUGGAGCCAUACGGCUAUGCCUGGCAGGCGGGGCUACGGCAGGGCAGCCGGCUGGUGGAGAUCUGCAAGGUGUCCGUGGCCACACUGUCCCACGAACAGAUGAUUGACAUGCUGCGCACCUCCAUGUCCGUCAAGGUGGUGAUCAUCCCACCGCAUGAGGAUUCCACACCCCGCAGGGGCUGCUCAGAGCUGAAAAGUAUGCCAGCGGCAGACUACAAGUCCAGCUCAGAGAACGUGCCCUUUGAGUACAAGUUCCCCUUCCGUAACAACAACAACAAGUGGCAGCGCACAUCAUCCAGUCCACAGCAGUCCCUCACCGCCUCCCCCCAGAGCCACGGGGGCACGCCCAACCGCGCUGUCAGUCUUGGGGGCAGCAUGGGCAAGACCCUGUCUGCUGAGCGGCCUGCCAUCCCACGCAGCGUGUCCAGCGAUGGCCGUCCCCUGGACCCUAAGAGGAACUCUCCCGGUUCUGAGAACUACGGUCUGGCCUCCUCGAUUCUGAUUGGCCGCUCUCCACACAAUCGCAGCUCUCCCAGCAGCCUCUCCUGCUCCAGCGACACAGGCCCUGCCCACUGGCGCCAGAAGUCCAUGCCUGAAGGGUUUGGGAGCAGCAGACACUCCCCUGUCUCUGUGGAUAGGCCAGGUAUUGGAGAGACAAGCAGCAGCAGCAAGUCCAUGCCCAGCUGGCCGAAGGCAGAUGAAGGGGGCGGAGCCAGGGGCGGAUCUGACCGAGGAUCAGCAGACACUGUGACCAAGUCGGGCCCCCCAUAUUCUGGUGCCCCUCGCAUUCAGAGGCAGGAGCAGGUCAUUCAUCUGUCCCCGAAAAAGAGCAGCCAGUCCGAGUCACCCUACUCCGCCCACUCCAGCAGCAACACUCUGUCCAGCACAGCCUCCAGUAGCACCCACAGUGAGGACAAGUGGUACGACAUGGGGGGUGGUCCUGGUGAGCCAGCUGACUCUGAGAUCAAUGGCUUCGGGGGCGGCAUCCUGCAGGGGGCGUUGUCAGACAGUGGCAUUGAUGGCAGCGGCUCAUAUGGUGCGGUGCAUGGCAGCUCCAGCUCACUGUUGGCGCCAGGGGCCCCUGGGCCCCGUGAGAGGUCCACGUCCCCCUGGCACAGCCCCACUGAGGGGGGCCGGCGCAUGCUGGAAAGGUCCCCCCCGGCCGCUGAGUCACCCAUCCCGCCUGGAGCUGCUGAGGGCCCUAUCAGGCCCAAAUCCGCCCACCCCCUGAUGCGGGACAGCAGCUCCUACAGCAUGGGGGACAUGUCAUCCCACUCCAGUGCCCUGAGCUCCCGGCACUCUGGCAGCCCCAUGGUCCUGUCCUCCAGUCGCAGCUCGCCCCGUGAGGAAACUGCCACCUCUCCAUCCUCCCAGACUGCUCCCGGCCCUAAGAGCUUUUACCCCCGGCAGGGUGCCACCAGCAAGUACCUGAUUGGCUGGAGGAAACCUGGCAGCACCAUCAACUCUGUGGACUUUGGUGACACCCGCAAGCGCCAUCAGAAUGACAGUCCGGAGAGUGGGCAGCCCCAUCACAGAGUGCCUGAGCGAGACUUGCACUCGCCCCAGCGCCAGGGCAAACCCAGUGUGGACGAGAAAUUGAAGAAGCUCAUCACUGUGGACAGCCCCUCACCCCGCAGGGAGGAGAGAGAGCCCUCGUCCCCAGUCCCGGGCUCAAACCGCCGCUCCCUCCACCGCACGCUGUCAGAUGAGAGUAUCUACCGGGGACAGCGCCUGCCGUCGUUGGCAGAUUCUGUCCUGGAGGAGGUGCUGUCAGGCGACAUGCUGUUUGGCUGCUCCACAGUGCCGCGUUCACCCACCACCCGCGGGGUCCCCCUGCGACGCCCAUCCUACAAGCUGGGCGUCACCCUGCAUGGUGACCUCUCUGCCUCAGACACCUCCCUUGCUGACUUGCAUGACCGCCGGAAGCAGCCACCCAAAGACCUGGGCCUCAUGCCCCUGCCGGACGCUGAUACAGACAGUGGCCUAGACUGGACAAACCUGGUGGACGCUGCCAAGGCCUUUGAGGUCCGAAGCUCCUCCUCCUUCUUCGCCCCCCGAGAUGGGAACCAACGAGGAGGAAGCUCUGCCUCCAGCCCCCAGCAUGCUGAGCUGCAGGCUGCCCUGCCUUCCAGACCUUCCCAUGGCAGUGAGCCCCCUGGCAGCUUGCUGGGUAAGGUCACCCAGCUGGAGGCCAUGGUGAAGAUGCUGCAAGAGGAGCUAAAGAAGGAGCGGGAGGAGAAGGCCAAGCUCCAGGCCCAGAUCCAGAGCCUAUGGGAGGACAACCAGCGCCUGCAGGAGGAAUCCCAGAAUGCCUCAGCUAAGCUCAAGAAGUUCACCGAAUGGGUCUUCAACACCAUCGACAUGAACUGAGCUGUGCAGAGGUAGAGUCCAGGCCUUAGUUGCCUCAGGGAGGCAAGAGACCAAGAGCUGCUGUCCUCUUCCCCCCUAGCCUUGUGGGGCCACAGCUUGCAUGACCCCAUUCCAGCCCUGACCGGUCACUGCCCAGUGGCCCCAGCCCCACUCUGUGUUACUCUCCACCUCUUCUUUCAGAGCAACAGUCCCUCCCUGCUGUGACAGUCACUGAAGAUUUGGCCUCUCCCUCUUGCAGGUCUCAGAAUGUGGACAUAUUUAACUGGGUCUUACACAGCAGCCAUUGAAGGGCCUUCUUAUGGGUACUUGGUGUUUCCAGUACUCAAUCAAAAAAAAGUCAAAAAUGAACAAAAAAGUUCUCCUGCUGUUAGCAGAUAGCUGUCCCUGUCCUUUACACCUGUGGACACUUUGCAGGAAGAGCUGUCCUCCUAAGCAAGCUGCUCCUUCCUGCUUCUCUGUCACCUCUGUCUCCCUCUGUUUCCAUCAGGAGUGGGAGGCCUUAGACCUGGCCAGCCUUUUGGUCCCAGGGUCUGGGUGAUCCCCAGGGAUGCAGGCAGGCUGUUGGGAUGCCCAAUCCUCUUCAUCCCAGACCUGACUGGCCCACAGCUCCUGAAGGACUCUGUGGAUCUCCCCCUGCAUGUGGAAGCCUAACUCACCACGACUUACCGCAGCAUUCUGACGGGCACUGAAGCAUUUUUUUGGGAGGGGGGGGGGGGGUUUCUAGUGUAUAGCAGAUACCAGCGUGCAGUGGUAUAUCUAAUGUUAUAAUCCCAGGGUGCAAUGUGAUAUUACAGCUCUUUAUUUUGAUGUAACAUAAUGACAUAUCUGGCUUCAUUCAAUAUUACGCAGACAGACAGAUCAUUUGAGGGCCAUAAGAUAAUAAUGAAUGUUAAUGGUCAAGUGGAUAUGGUUAUUCUAAUUGCACCUUGUCAAAAAGGGAAAGGAUUUUUUACAUCUCCAUGUGGUGAGUCUGUGGUACAAGGUACUGAGGAGAUGAAUGAACUCCCAGCCUGGCCAUUUCUAAGAAUAUAACAUUGUGGAGCAAUCAUGUUUGGAUAGUUACAGAUGAAUUUAUUUCUUUGUAUUAUAUAUGGAAAUGCCAAGUUGUUCUAUGCGUUCAACUCAACAGAUGUCAAGGUGUAUAGUUAAUUUAGAGGAGUCAGUUUCAUGAGUUCAGUAGCCAUUUGAGUUUUUUUUAAAUGAUGAUUCAGUUGAAUGUUCUUUUUUAAAUAUCUGUGGAGCUUGUGGUUGUGGUGAUCUACCUUUGCCUGCUUUUGUGUAGCUACAGUGCCAUCUAGUGAUGAACAGAAAAUAUAACAGUCUAGUUAAAAAUCAAUUUAUGUCUGUAUCGCCCACAUUCAAAGGCAUUGGAUCGGUCCAAGAUGGCCUUGUGUCCUCCUGGCAAGGAAUGUUCCCUUUAUUCCUUGAUUCAGUUCAGCACGUUCUACCACAUGCUUAAAUAUGUAUUCACUAUGUUGCCUGCAUUCUCAAACAAAUCCCAUUACACUUCUAAAGGGAGAACUCUUAAAUGUCUGGAAAAAGAAAAUGAUUUGAAGAAAUCCUUAGGGGUAAGCUGCAAUGUAGAAGAGUGAGGUUAUUUUGUCUGGUAAAGUUGGGGUUCUGUGAGUUUGAGGUGUGGACAGUGUGAGAUUAGCAGCUCUUUUACCAACUAGGAGCAGUUAGUAAGGUGUGGCAGGCAGGCUGAAUCCAUACACUAAUACUCUGUUACCCUCUGACUGCUAAAACUGCAGAUGUUAAUCCUGUGGGCAACACUAUAGAGCUUGUCUGGCUUGUACAUUAAUUGUAAAUAUUGUUAAAACUCCUCGCAUUUUUGUUUACCCCCAACACUUGCACCCGUGGAGUGGUUAUGCAGUCAGCAGUCAAUUGAUUUUUCAUGGUUUACUUUCAAAGCUUCAGACAGCUGCUGGGUGAUCUGCACGGUCAGUCUACUCACCACGGAGUAUUGUGUACACAAGACUUGUGGCAAUUUAAAAAGAUUUAUUGAGGUGCAGAAGUUGUAAUUUUCCAAUUUCUCACAAAUGCUGUCCCCAUCUAGAUUAGAAAUGAAUAGUUUAUAGCUAAGCAUUGAUUCUGUUCUAGGAAUCAUUGGAAGUGGGAGAACCUUUCCUCUAGUUUUCAUUUUGUUGCCAUGAUACUGCAGAAGGUCUAGUGAAUACUUCACAAGGUGUAAUGAACACUUUGUAGGUCCUCAUGAACACUACUGGGUUAGGUGCACACUCUGCAGGGCCAUGUUAAUACUUCAGUGGAUUUAUUGAACACUUCAGAGGGUGUAGUGAACACUGCAGGGCCAAGUGAACAAUUCAGAUGGUGCAUUGAGCACUUUAGAUGGUCAAGUGAACAUCUUAGGAAUAUUGGACACUUUGGUCUCCUAUUUUUGAUCAAGUAGUAACUAUUUUACAUUUACAAAAAGUCAGUUUUAUCAUCUUUAUCCUUCAUUUAAUUUUUGUGUCUGCAAAGUAUAAAUCAAUACAAAAUGAAUUCCCAUCAAUGUUAGUCUUGU